AUGGCAAAUAAAUUCAAGUAAGUCAUUCAUUUAUUUGCGGUAAUACUACUUAUAUACUAAUUUCAGUCAGACUCUGGGUACUUUCGACGAACGGCUCAAAAUAUCUGUGGACUAUUUAAAGGAUUCAAAUUUUUCGACUAUUUUUGAAAGCUCCGUAGAAUCCUUUUUUCAAACCCAAACGCCUGUGUUCGACAAGAGUCUUUUGGUUUUCGACAAACUUCAAAAGACGAAUGAUCUCAAGGAAUAUGUCUCCAAUGUGCGUAAAAACAUCAAAUUAUUUGACGUUUACUCUUUUAACGAAUAA